AUGCUGGCAGCUUAUCGCUGGGUCCUCCAGUGUGGAGCCUUACCCGAGCAAGUAGUUUUCGCAGGUGACUCCGCCGGAGGCAAUCUCGCGAUGCUCACCCUGCUCUAUAUUCGUGAUCAUGGAAAGACCUGCGGGCUUUCUCUGCCGAACUGCGCAGUCCUCAUAUCACCUUGGCUUGAUAUGACCGGUGCGAGGACCAUCGGAUCUCCCAAUGUUCGCCACGAUAUUGUGUUGGAAUAUGAUACGGCCGUUCCUAUUUUGCUCGAUGCGCUAAAGCCUUCUGACCUUCCUCCCGAUACUCCAGAAAUAUCUAGCUUGCUCACCCAUGACGUUUCUGGCUACCGCCACAACUGCUGA